UCUCUCAGAUUUUCUACCUGACUUGUCUUUCUUUCCAAUUUCCAAUUUCCAAUUUCCAUUCUUUUGCUUUUCCUUUUCCUUCCCCACACAAUAAAAUCCGCAUCUCAAAUCUUCAUUCAUUUAUCUCAUUCAUAGCUUCUCUUCGCAGCUCUUUUACCUUCCAAGAUUUUAUCUUUUUUGGUUUUUUUUUGGCAGUGAUCGGAGCACAAAAAAGAGAGAGAGCAAAACAAGAGGAAGAAAUGGGCACUGAUCAGCAGUUAAAACGGAGCUGCUUCAAGAAACAUGAGAGGAGAUUUUCUGUAACGUACCCUUUUCAGUACAUUCUUGGAGAACAAAGAUUUGUUUGUCUUCUGGUUGGAAUCACCAUUGCAUGCGUGGUGUUCAAUGUAAUUCCUUCCCAUUCUCUGCCGCAAAAGGGAUUGAUCUCUGCCUUUGAUGAUUCUUCUAUUGCCGUUCGUCGUCGGGUUGGGUAUGAAUUGAAUGGUGGAUUUGGUCACCUCAGUGCAGGUGGAAAGAUUCCUUUGGGGUUGAAAAGCAAAAGUUUGAGGAUUUUAGUCACAGGUGGAGCUGGUUUUGUAGGGAGCCAUUUGGUGGACCGUCUGAUAAAUCGUGGUGACAGUGUGAUUGUGAUCGAUAACUUCUUCACAGGACGGAAAGAGAAUCUUUUUCACCAUUUCGGAAACCCAAGGUUCGAGCUCAUUCGACAUGAUGUAGUCGAACCCAUUUUGCUAGAAGUCGAUCAAAUCUACCAUUUGGCUUGCCCUGCAUCUCCAGUACAUUACAAGUUCAACCCUGUCAAGACAAUUAAGACAAAUGUGAUGGGAACAUUGAACAUGUUGGGCCUGGCUAAGAGGGUUGGUGCACGUUUUUUGCUUACUAGCACCAGUGAAGUGUAUGGUGAUCCCUUGCAGCAUCCCCAAGCUGAAACUUAUUGGGGCAACGUCAAUCCCAUUGGUGUUCGUAGUUGUUAUGAUGAGGGAAAGCGUACAGCUGAGACAUUGACCAUGGAUUACCACAGAGGACUCAACCUUGAGGUGAGGAUUGCAAGAAUUUUCAACACUUAUGGACCACGUAUGUGCAUUGAUGACGGGCGUGUCGUCAGCAAUUUUGUUGCUCAGGCCUUAAGGAAGGAGCCAUUGACUGUUUAUGGGGAUGGAAAGCAAACUAGGAGCUUCCAAUAUGUAUCUGAUCUGGUCGAAGGUUUGAUGCGACUGAUGGAAGGGGAUCACGUAGGCCCGUUCAAUCUUGGGAACCCUGGUGAAUUCACCAUGCUUGAACUUGCUAAGGUAGUACAAGACACAAUUGAUCCGAAUGCACAGAUAGAGUUCAGACCAAAUACAGAGGAUGAUCCUCACAAGAGGAAACCGGACAUCUCAAAGGCUCAGCGACUUCUUGGGUGGCAGCCAACUGUUUCCUUAAGGGAAGGGCUUCCUCGUAUGGUCAACGACUUCAGACAACGUAUAUUUGGCGAUGACAAGGAUCUAACAGUCACAUCCAUUGUGUAGAGUUUUGAUGUAAAAAUCAAGCAGUUAAAAGAAUAAUGAAGCAUCCAUGUAGCCAAAUUGUAAUAGUAUUUAGUUAAAAGAAUAAUGUUGAACAGGAAAAGAAUGUGAGGCAAGAGAACUCUUAGUUUCAGCAGUUAUGGAAUGCUGUUCAGUUGUUCCAUCAGCUGGUUUAGAUGUCUUUAGAUUUGAGGUUACUUUCGACGUUACAUCCUUAGGAUCUUUGUUUUUUUGGAGUCAUUCAACAAAGAUUCAUCACACACAAGUUAGUUCAAGAAUGCCAUCUUUGGUCCUUGUCUGGUUUCUAUCAUAAGCUGGUGGGAACUAUUUUAUCUGCAAAACUACCCGUUGAUCGAUGAUUUUAGGAAAAGGGGGCUAUUUUGCCAAGGUUUUGUA